CCGGCAACCAAGGCACCGAAGACGCGAGACCGAAGGCGAAGGAAAACGCUCGCGAUUUUUCCCAUGUUUCCCUCCUCCGUGUGCCAUUUGCUCGUUUCGUGAUCGUCGGGGAAGCAGGCCCAAGAUAUGCCACGGAAGUACAUCAAGAAACCCCCGAAGUGCAUGGACGAAAAGACCAUAAUUGCAGCGGCCAAGGAAGUCAUUAGCAAGAAGUUGGACAUCGUGCAGGCGGCCAAGAAGCACAACGUGACGCAGGUGUCCAUACGCCGGCGGGUGAAAAUACUGAGAGGGGCUCGGAAAAGGUUUGUGUACAGCCAUGAAACCCUAGAAGCCGCAGUCCACCACUUGCGUCAGAAGAACCACUCUCUAUCAUGGGUGAGCAAGCACUAUGGUGUCCCGCGAUCCACCCUCUCGGCCAGGCUUAAGUCCCCUCACCCCCUGGCCAGGAAGAUGACAGGUAAGGGAACCGCCUUGCCGUAUGAGGAGGAGGAGGCCAUCAAGAAGUGGAUCCUGGAGAUGAGCACGAAGGAAGGCACGCAGGCCUGGCAGACCAUAGCCAGGACAGUUCAGGAAGUGCUAAAUGAACGAGGGCUCAAAGUGUUCAAGAACAAUAACAAGCCAACGUCUGGCUGGCUCCAAGCCUUCUUGAGGCGCCAUCCCGAGCUCAGGAAGAUCCGCAUUGGCUACUGGACAACGGGCAUAGUUGGGGACCCCACCAAGAGUAAGGAGAGCAAGGAUACCCUGGAAGUAAAAGUUGUGGUCCCUGGGCUAGAGGAUGAGGAUGAGGAGGAUUACUCUAAUAUAAUAGAGGAAUACACGACAGAAGAGUCGUCUGAUGAACUAGAAGAGGAAUUACUAAAUAGCAAAGAGAACAUCCUGAGAAAAGAUGCCAUCAAAGUUGAAGCUGAGGACAUCCAGCCAAGUGGAGGCGGCAAGGAAGCCUCUGAGAUGCCUCUCCUUCACAAGGAAAAUCUUGCUGUGGUUUUGAAAAAGCAGAAGACCUUGCACACACAGGACACAAAAGCAUCUCUUGGGGAAACAGAAUUUCUGCCAGGCAGUAAGGUGAGCACCAGUCCCUCAUCCCUUGAGGAGCUCUCACCCAAAGCUCAGCGGGCAAGCAUUACUCCUGAUUCGUUGGACAAUGUUCUUUCGAGGAUUAAAGCAGAUGAGUCUUCCCCUAAGCUUGAUGGGCUUUCUUCAAAAUUAGAAAAGUCUCCCAAAUCAAAUGAUCCUUCUUCAAGAGGCCUCAGUGAUUCUAAACUGAAUGGUGUUCCUCUCGAGGCAUUGUCCAUGGACUUGAAUGUCCUUUCUCCAGAGCCAAGUGAUUCUUCCCUAGAUGUGAGGAGUCCUUCUUCAGAGUCGAAUGGCUCUUCCCUGGAUGUUUGUAUUCUUUCUCCAGAGCCAAGUGAUUCUUGCUCCCAGCUGGAAUGUCCCUCUCUACACCUGAGUGAUUCUUCCAUGGAGGCAGACAACUUCCCAGUGCUGAGUCGGUCUUCCCCAAAUAUCAGUAGUCCUUCAGAUCCCAAUGAUUCUGGCCCUGGAUGGUAUGGUCUUUCUCCAGUGCUAGGUGCUUCUUCCCCCAAAGUGAACGGUCUUUUCCGAAAGCUAAGUGACUCCUUGCCACAACAAACUAGUGUGUCUUUUAAGAUGUGCAGUUCUUCCCUCCAGCUGAACUCUUUCGGAGGGGAGACCUGUAAAGUCUUAUCGAACCAGGUGAAGGCAGAAGUGGGAGAUCAGGAUGGACUUGGAGGAAAUAUAAGUGAAAGUGAAGGUGGAGGUGCAAGUCGAGGAAAUGAAGACGGAGGUGUAGGAGUGAAAGGAAAUGGAAACAGAGUUACAGAUAAGGGAAAACAAGAUGGAGGUGUAGUAAAAGUAACGGAAAUAGGAAGAAAACAAGGAGGAAAAAGAAUAAAAAGAAAAGGAAAAGAGGGGGGAGGAUUUGGAGUAGGAGCAAAAGUAAAAGUGAAUGUAGAAAAAUGGGAAGGAGAAGGAGAAGAGAGAGUGGAAGGGGGAGGAAAAAGAGAAACGGAAGAAAGCUUAGGGCAGAGAGUAGCUGAAGCCAGCUUAAAAGGAGUAGGAAGGGAAGGAGGAGCAGCAGUAGCAGUAAGAAAAGGGAAGAAGGGAGUAGGAGCAGGAAGAUAUGUAGGAUCUGGAAUAGAAAGAGAAAGAGGAGCAGAAGCAGGGGUAGGGGUAGGGGUAAGGGUAGGGGAAGGGUUUGGGAAAGGGGAAGGAGGAGCAACAAAAGGAUUAAGAAAAGGGGAAGUAGGUGAGGGAAUCAUGGAAGGAGGAGCAGGAGUAAGAGUAGGACUAGGAAGAGGGGAAGGAGUAGCACGAGUCAGAAUAGGAAGUGGAGAAGUGGUAGGUCUAGGAGGAGGAAGAGGGAAAGGAAAGGGACAGAAGGUAGGAAUAGUAAGUUUAGGAGUCAGGGAGAAGAGAGGGAAAGCAGAAGGAGAGGCUGUAGCAGAUGGGGUAGGAGUGGGAUUAGGAAAAGUCUCAGGAGGAGGGACAGUCGUUGGGAAAGUAGGAAGAGGAAAGUCUGACAGUGGGGUUAGUGCCCACAAAGUCAUAAGGGUUCUCCUGAGGAAUGUACCCAAAUCUCAGGUCAUGCAGAAGCCGGAGGAGCCUGUCAAAUGCGCGGCAAAAAAGCCAGGAGAGGGGCCAUACAAGCUGCUAUUUUUGCCAAGUCCAAGUGGACCAAAGAAAUUACCCUUUGUUUUUCCCAAAGAAAACUUGAAUACUCUUCCAUUUAAAAUGACUGCCUUUCGGUCAUAUGACCAAAAUGAUUCAUGUACAGAGCAACAUACUUCAGCAGAUACAACAAGAGGGACCCAAUCAGAGGCUCGACGGGAAGGUACAACAAAGGUCCUUUUUGUUCCUGGUAGUAAAAUAUCUGGCAACGCAGACCAGAAAUUGAUAAGUUGGAAUGACGGCCAGUAUAGCACAGCUGGUAGUUUCCAGAUCAAUAGUGAGAACGUUCCCAAGGCCUCUCUUAAAUGCCCAGAUCCCUCAGGAGACCAGGUCAAGCAGAAGGCUUUGAGUCCAUUGAAAAAACCUUGUGAUAAUAGCCUCAGUAAUGAAGAUGCAGAGUUCUUAAGAGACCUCGAGGAAUCGGCUUUUUCUGUGCAAGAGCCAGACGGACCCGAGUUGGAAAGUACCUGUCAGAAAUCUGUCAUGGGUAACAAAAAGAAAACUAAGAGAGUUAAAGAAGAGGAAGCUGUAAAUAUAGAAACGGUCAAGAAACCCAGAAUAAGUGUGAAGAAAGCGUCUUCCCUGAUGAGAGAGCCAAGCACUGAGAGAGAGACACCAUAUAUCAGAGACGACGAAAACACGUCAUGCACUGCAUCCAUCACAAAAGAAGACAGCCAGCAGAAAGUCAGUGCGGAUUAUGUUGCAGGACUCGAGACCAUGUAUGGAGUGAUCCUCAGUUGCAUUGGAAUAGAGAGACUUAACCAGUACCUACAGUUGGUGAAAGACGGGAGGAUGCCGGACGACCCACUGUUUCAGACGUGGGAGAAAGCAAAAAGAAUGGUCGAAGAGGCUAAAGCAGAAAUGGAGAUGUCCAGCCCUGACAGUAAUCAAGAUAUUGAUGGGAACCGCGACAUGCUGGUCCCUCUGAUGGAAGUGGAUGAGGCAGAAGCCAAGUACUUGUAUGUUCCUAACACCGAUGACAAUAAUGGCAAUCCGCUUGCCAGGCUGGAGGGUUCCUCUUGUGUGCUGUCAGGUGAGGCAUAUGAGCUGCUCUCAGAUAACCUGUGGGAGGAGGAUGUCAAAAUGGAAAUAGUGGAUCCUGAGGAUGUCAAACCCCUCCUGGAAUUGGAGGUUGAAAAGAUGGAGCCCCAGGAGGCAGAGUCCUCAGGACCUACAGAUCCUAAACCUGGUUCAGUAGCGGAGGAGUCAGAGGUGCGCUUUUCAGGACGGCAGAAGAGGAAAAGUAAAAAAAAGUGUCCAUGCUGUAGUUAGCCAGCUGUGCAGAGCUACCAGAUUGCUGUACAAAUGUAAUGACUGCAUGGCAGCUUUUGUAGUUAAAGUGAACAAACUAGUGGAGAUUUUAGGUUGAUGUAAAUAUGUAUGACAUUUUUUUUAAUUAAGAUUAAAAAUGAAGCCAUAAUCAUUGUUUGUAUAUACACAGUGGAAGCAAAUUCCUUGAGAAAGUCUUAGAUUAGAUGGUUAUCCUCUAAGACUGACAGUUGGAGACCUGUGGUUGUGUGAUUCAAGUAACUUCCUUUAACAUUUACAGUGGCUUAUCACUGUUUUGAAAAAUUUUCCAGUACAAAAGUGGUUCCCCAUUGGAUUUUUUUAGACUAUGUUUUAUAGCAUGUAAUAUGCAUUUAUUUUUAUGAUUGUUGUUGUUAUUAUUAUCUUUAUUAUUAUCAUUGUAAGUAUUAUCCUUACAGGUUUUGUACAUUCCUGUUAAUUAUUUUUCUUACUGAUUUGUAUGUGCUCUUGCUGUACAGUGUGCACAUUAUAUAUAAUGUAGGCCUUUAUUGAAUAUCUUGGGCUUGUUUAAAGAAGACUGUGAUCCACAUACUUAUUUUUUUUUCAUAUACACACACACACACACACACACACACACACACACACACACACACACACACACACACACACACACACACACACACACACACCCACACACCCACACACACACACACACACACACACACACACACACACACACACACACACACACACACACACACACACACUUUGGGAAGCACUAUAAAAUAUUUGGCUGUGAUGCUGUAUAUAUGUGAAAAAUGUGCAUUAUGUUAAGAUUCAGAAGAAAGUCCACCCUUCAUUGUGGGUGUUCUUUCUAAUGCAUUUUUGUAUGACCUGUACCUGCUGUAUAAUAUGAGG